CAGUGGUAUCCGGAUUCUACUGAUUUUUUCCUUGACAACAUAGAAACCAGCGGAACAAGGAAUCAUUUUGUUGACAUAUUUUACUUAACCAAAAUGACUGAACUAUUGUUUUAAAAACACCAAAUAUUGUUAUAAAAAAUGGCAGGAGCAUCAUCAGAGAUUGGACUGUACAUAGAGGCAGAACCUGUAGUGUUACAACCUAAAUGUUCCAACGGAGUUGCUAGUAGGAAUCCAAAUGUAUAUAUCAACAGUAGUAGUGAUGAUGAAGAUGAUAGUCUACCAGGCAGCAGAAAUCAUGAUAAGAUAGUGAAAGGACACUUAUUAGGAAAUGGUUCAAAGGGAAACAGCAGAUCUUUGAACACAUCAGUAAUUGAAGAAGAAGUAGUGUAUGAAACUGAUGAUGACGAUGAUUCUGAGAUUCAUUCUCGUGUUGGCGACUUUUUUACCGCGCCGUGCAGAGCGGCUGAACAAGCGGAGGAGUUUGUGAAGAAGGUGUGGGAAGCCGGUUGGCGCGUUGUCCAUCAUAAUACCUUGCCAAAUUGGUUAAGAGACAAUGAAUUUCUACAUAAAGGUCACAGAUUGCCAACAAAUUCCUUUGUGGCCUGCUUUAAGUCUGUUUUUCGUAUACACACUGAAACAGGGAAUAUAUGGACCCAUUUAUUAGGUAUGAUAGCCUUCCUAGGGAUCACUGCCUAUUUUCUGUCUCGACCAACAAUUGAAAUCCAGUGGCAGGAAAAGGCUGUAUUCUCAGCGUUUUUCAUGGGUGCCAUCAUGUGUCUGGGUUUCUCAUGGGUAUUUCACACAGUCUUUAACCAUUCACAGAGAAUAGGGAAACUUUUCAACAAGUUGGAUUACUGCGGGAUAGCUUUCCUGACAAUGGGAUCGUUUGUACCAUGGUUAUAUUAUGGAUUUUAUUGUCAGAUGGGAAUAAAGAUCAUAUAUAUGGUACUGACAUUUUCCCUCGGAACAGCUUGUAUAGUAGUAUCACUUUGGGAUAAAUUCAGUUUACCAAGAUUUCGAGCUCUCAGGGCUGGAGUGUUUAUAGCUUUCGGUCUUAGUGGUGUGAUUCCAGCCAUUCAUAUUGUUAGCACAGUGGGAUUCUGGGAUGCGGUCAAUAAGGCGUCACUCGGUUGGUUGGUGCUGAUGGCUUUUCUGUACAUAACAGGUGCAAUCAUCUAUGCAGUGAGGAUUCCUGAGAGAUUUUUCCCUGGAAAGUUUGAUAUCUGGUUUCAGAGUCAUCAGAUAUUUCAUGUGUUUGUCCUGGCCGCAGCUUUUGUACACUACCACGGUAUAACAGAGAUAGCCAACUAUAGACUUACUUUAGGUGAUUGUCUGUCCACGAAAUUCUUCUAGAUGUACAAAUAUACCUGAUGUUAACCUGUCUAAAUCAAAGAGCUAAAAUGCUGUACCUUUGAUAUUAUAAAUAAGAACUCUCUUUUUUAUAUUUUUUUUAUACAUUGGUCGAUAUGUAUUAAUAGCAACAAGAGAAAAAAUAAUUAACAAUUGUGUAAAUAAUUAGAUAGUUAGAUGAAAACUUUAAUGUAUAAACAAGAGAAAUUUAAAAGAUAAUCAUGAAGAAACACUUUACAAUUAUAUGUGGUGAAGAUUAUAUAUGUUAAAGUAUUGCUACAGUACCAUAUCUAUGCAGAAACUGUUUUUCGAUUUUUGGAUUACUUUAAUUUUAUUGUACCUACUAAAUGGAUCUUAAGCCAUCCAAGAAUUUAACGUUUAAAUUUCUACUCUUGAUACAUAUAAUUAAAAUCACAAAUUCAAUAUCUCUAGAAAAUGCACAAUUCUUAUUCUUUGCAAAUUUUUGUUUCACCCUAACCCCACUUAAUUGAUGCAGUUGACUAGUCCAGCUUUGAAUGAGGAAUGAAUCAUUGUUAGUUAAAGGGAUGUCAGUACAAGAAUUAUGAAAAUAGUUAUAAGAGUCUUGGUAUGACUGCAGGGAUGUGCAGAUUGACCUCUGUACUGCUGGAAUAGGAAAGUUAACAUUUCCACUGGCAUUCAGAUAGUUAAUUUGGAAAUUAUUAACUCUUAUUUAACUUGCUGAAUUUUUUCUAAUAGACUUGUGCACUUUCUAUUUUGGUUUUGUAACUGUUCAUUAUCAAUUUUGAGGUACAAGUAAGAAAAAUGGAAAUUUAAAGUUGGUCAGCUAGUAGUUAAAGUUAAACCUGAUUAAAACAUAAACUGGAUAGAUGUAUGGGCUCACCUGAAUAUAUAAUGGUUGAAAAAUUUAAUCCCUUGGGUCGUUUAAGUACAAAAUUAUCUCAUUCAUUUUGUACAUGUAUGUAUCAAGAUAUGGGGGCAGACGUCAACAAUAUUAAAAAAUUUACUUGCCUUUAGAUAAGGAACCAUUUUAAAAUCUACAAUAAAUCAGAGUUGCAUAAUGAUAAUUUCUCAUUGAACUAUCUAUUGAUGUUUUUAUUGGAAAGGACACUUGUGUUUAGGAAAAGAACUGAUCGUAGUUCCAUUGUAUGUUUUUUGUUGCUGUCAGUUUUGUUGUAGAAUAUAUAUAUGAUGUACAACAUUUGAGCUGCGUCAUGACAAAGCCAACAUAGUGCGUUUGCGACCAGCAUGGAUCCAGACCAGCCUACCCAUCUGCGCAGUCUGAUCAGGAUCCAGUCGCUAUCAGUUUCUCUACUUGUAAUAGAGUUGGUAAGCGAACAGCAUGGAUCCUGAUCAGACUGCACGGAUGCGCAGGCUGGUCUGGAUCCAUGCUGGUUGCAAACGCAUUAUGUUGGUUUUGUCUUGACACGGCUCAUUUAAUCAUUUGUUAUUGCUGCACAAUAAUCAGACUGAUAUAGUCCCAAUAUUUUUCUUUAUAUCACAUCUGAAAUUUAUGUUGACAUGUUUUUCAUUUGACCAAAUGUCUUACUAUGAAUUGUCGUGCACUGAAAUCAUGUCAUUUUGUAACUUGUACAUAUCAUCUUUGUAUAGGAAGCUUUUCUUGUGAGAAGUUAUUCUCUCAAAACUUAAUUCUGUUUAUUUUACCUAGAUCUGUUGCCAUUAAAACUUCACUUCAUUUAAUUAAUGAAUAAAUAUUUUGUAUUGAAUCAAUUAACAUCUUAAUGAUUUUGAAUAUAAUUUUAAUGAUUUCACUUAGUUUAUUGUUUUAAUAUGUAUUCCUUAUUAGAUGUAUUUAAUGACUCAUUAAAAGUAAAGAGUCUGUCCUAAUGAUUAUGUAUUGCCAAAUUAAUGAUCAUCUGAGUUAUAUAAUGAUUUAUGUUAUGAAAUGAUCUUAAUGAUUGCCUGUUGUCAUGUUGAUGAUUAAUGAUUCAUCUGAUGUUGAAAAAAAUAUCUUAAUGAUUAAACAGAGAAUUUGAUUUAAUACAUUAUCAUGAUAAUUUAAUGAUUUAUCUAAUGUAAUUAAUAAAAGUGUAUAAAGCUAUACAUUUGCUAUAAAAAAUUAUAGUUUUAAUUUUAAAAAAAGAAUACUUCCAAAAUGCUUGUAUGAAAUAAAUACUAGUAUGGAAGUAAAUUGCCUUAAAAGUGAAUAGUGCAUGCACGAAAAUCUUUGCUAAACAGAUAAAAGUUCAUAAAACCCUAUUUUAAAUAUCAGAAUAAUAUUUCGUUCUGUAACAUUUUAUUCUGUUUACAUACAAUAUUCAUGUGUAUUAAAUAACAGAGAUAUUCUAUGUUAAAACUCUAUCGAAAAUCAACCAUAAGAUUAUGGAACCGAUAAAAUUUGACUGGUGAUAAAUUUUAUGAAAAUAUUUCAUAGUAUAUAGCUUUAUACACUUUGAAUUAAUGAUUUAACAAACUUAAUUAUCUCAGUGAUUUAAUGAUUAAUCUAGCCAAAUGAUUUAUGAAACUUUGUUAUUCCAUAUAUCAUCUCAGAGAUUCAUCUAAUGUCAUAAAACAUCUUAAUGAUUUAUAUUAAUUUAUAUUGAUUUAAAUGGAUCAUUUUACAUAAUGAAUCAGUGGUAAUGGGGUUUUAUUGAUUUUUUUCUUCAGUUUUUUCUGCAAAAUCAUGUUACAUUACCAACAUAAUGGGAUUUUCCUUAUUAAAACAUUAUACGGACUCGUUAAUGAUUAGGUAAGAAAUGCUGUUAAAGUGGCCUUUAGCUUUACUUAAGAUUAAAUAUGUUAUUUUUAGAUAAAUCAUUUUGUAUAAUUGUCGGAUCAAAAGAAUUAAAAUGGAAAAUGAAAUUUUGGUAAAAAAAAUGGUAAAA